UUUGAAAAUAAAUAUUUUCGUAAAUUAAUAUCAAAUUUGUUAUUUAAUUUCAAAUAAUUUACUUUCACUGAAUUUUAAUUCCGCAUAUUUGAUAGUGAUUGUAUAUUGCAAACAAUAUAAAAGAUGAAUCAAUGCCUAUACGAAAUAAAAAAACGUCGCUCUUUUUGUCGCACCUUUACUUUUAUGAACAAGCGUGUUUAAGUAUAUAUCUGUACAGUAUGUAGCGAGAAAGAGAGCUGAAUCAGCUGAUCCGGCGUACAUCUUUCUCGUCUCUCCCACUGCCGAUGACCAUCCCAAUGAUGGUUUCACUCUCUCUCUCUCUCUUGUCCUCCUCUCUCUCUCUCUUUUUUUUUCUCUCUCCUUCUUCGAGGUAAGGCACGAGGCCGUUGGUGGAAACCACUUUCCAAGCGGUGUCUGUUAGCCUACUCGAGUCUCAGUAGGCUCCAGUACACUCGUCGUCGUCAGGUCUUUACAUCAUGUGAUAUGCAAGUUGUAUUGCUUCCCACGCAUGUUGAACUUUCUGAAAACUUUUCGGCAACUUAGACGCUAGCAGUCGAGCUUGUUGAUCGCGUUUAUAGAUUUCCAUGAGAGCCGGAAUUAAUUCAGAAAGAUGAAAGGAUGGUUCGAUGCUUUUCGCAGCGACGGCGGCCCGACUCUUUACAGCUACAGCAAUCGCACUCCCGUCACAGGUGACGUUUCCUUGAUAAUCGUAUUCGUGAUAUUCGGCACUCUGUUCACGGCGUUUCUAGUCAUAUUUCCGGGUGUCAGAAAGGAGCGGUUAACCACAUUCCUCACUGUUACCUUGAGCCUCUUCGUGGGUGCGACGAUUCAAGUGGCGCAAUAUGGCUCAUCUUGGCAUACGAGCUCCGCUACUAUUGUUAGCUCCUACAGCGCUUUCUCCAGGCAGAAGGCAACGGCCGAUAUCGGCGGUUAUAUUGGGUUAAUGCACAUCAACAUAACGUACAGAUUAUUACCGGGAAGCGAGCAGAAUGGUGAUGUCGAGUACAAUGAACGAUUCUGGUGGCGGAAUUCCGGCGAAAUGACCAAUGCAUUUAAGCAGGCCCUUUAUCAGGGCGCGCCAUUCCCUAUUGUUUCUUUAGCGGAAUACUUUAGCCAUCAUCAGGAGGGCUUUUCCUGGGGCUCACGAUAUCGCGAAGCCGGAUAUUACGCUUCAAUAAUGCUAUGGACUUCAUUCACUUCAUGGCUAAUGAUGAACUUGUUACUGAUGGUAGUGCCGCGAUAUGGAGCGUACAGCAUGAUUCUUACGGGUUCAUUAAUGCUUCUGACAAAUUUAAUCUACACAGCCCUUUUGCCAUGUGAACCGCUGAUAGCUCACAUCGAGGGUUCGAUUCUCACCUUUAAUCUUGGCUGGAACUAUUGGUUGGUGCUAUCAGCCGGUGCCGCGUGUCUCUUGGCAGGAUUCAUCAUAACAGCUAUAGACAUGAUCUUCCCUCAUCAGUUCUCGACUAUACUCGAAGUCGAUUACGACACGCCCUACGAUAGACAUGUCAUUAUAGAGGAGAGUUUCGAUACGCAUAACAUCAGGCGGAAAGUCCCAAACAUUGAGGAUUCGUUCGGCGAUCGAAUAAUGAGUCAAUUGUCGUCCAAGCUUCAAAACAGACAUACCGCUGAAGAGGAUACUGAAGGUGUUAUUAAUCAGGGAUACACAUCGCACGAGCCGUCUGACUUUCCGCAGGAAAUCGGCGAUGAGACGAACAAGAGCAACUGGUCGUAUCCGUUCCCGCCGGUCUCGCGCAGAGCCGUUAAUGGCUGACGUAUUUCCUGAAUAGCUACAUUUGAUAAAUUUUUUAAGUAUGAUUAAAUAUUUUAAUAUAUUUUAUAUAGUGUAAUUUGAUAAUAAUAUUCACAUAUUUAACGAAGAAAGAUUGAGAUACUUGACUAGAAUUACUGACAAAACAUGAUCUUAAGAACACAUUCGCAUUAUAAUUACAAACGAAAACGCGUGAACUUAUUAAUUAUAACACAUAUUUAAAAUAUUUGUCAGUGAAGGAUUUUCACACACAUAAAAUCUAGGAGAAUAAAAUAGAGAGAGAGAGGAGAAUAUUUUUUUUAUCGUAUUCAUCAAUAAGUAACGCGUAAUAUUCAUGACAAUUUAUAAAUAAUAAAAAGAAGCGCUUCUCAGCGCUUAAAUAUGUACAUUUUGCAAAUCGUUGCAAUUUGCGAUAAAGUAUUGUCAACCAAGUUGAUAGCAUUAUUUUAUAUGCGAAUAAAAA